AUGCUGAAGCCGAAGAACAUCCGAUUCCGAGCACUUGAGAAGGCCUGGGACCCUGAAUCUGCUGAUGUUUAUGCUAUGCUGGACCUCGACAUGCCCCUUCCAGAAGCUGCUCUUAGGAUCAACGACGAGAACUAUUGGAAGAGGCGGACACAGGCGAAGCACCCGAAUGCACAGGUAGAGAAGCAUGGUAUGUCCUGGAAGCAGACUUACCUGGAGAUAGAGUUGCAAGAGGCGCUGGAGCGGGUGCCCAUCACCGUAGAGUAUGGGAAUCCCGAGCUCGAAGCGUUGAAGCAGCAAGUCAUGGCUUCAAGGCUGUACGUCUACCAACUUCAGAUUACUCAGUUCCCCUCCCACUUGGAUCUAAGCUUCAUCUUCGACGCGUUGCCUGCGCUGUGCACGUUCUCGAUUACCUACGGAAACAAGCGGCUGGGGAUGGAUUACGAGCGUGCGAUGUUCGGCAUGAAGAUCUCAGAUGCGCAGUAUCUCGCGCGGGACAUUCGUGUGUCGCAAACUUUAGUUUCACUCUCGUUGCCGUGUAACAUGAUCGAUGACGAGCUUGUUAAGGUGUUGAUGGGUGGUCUUUCCUAUGGCCACAUGCUCACACACCUUGAUCUCAGCCACAACAAGAUAGGGGAUCGGGGGGCGAGACGCUUGGCCUCUCUACUGGACCCGGACUACUGCUUGCAGGCCCUGGACCUGAGCGACAACCAGAUCCAUGCCAAUGGUUGCAUGCAUUUGGGUGCCCACCUGGCGGAGAAUAUCACAUGCCAGGUGCUUAACCUGCGACUCAAUCGCUGCGAAGACAACGGCGUGUCGCAUUUGUUUCAGGAUAUGUGUGUGAACAAGCAUCUGCAAACCCUGAACAUUGCUUGCAAUGACUUGACGGUGAGAUGUCUGCCCUAUUUGAAUGCAAUGCUGGCUGAGAACGGCACCUUGUUGGAAUUGGACGUCAGCGCAAAUCCGUCAGGUGUUGGUUUGUUCCCUCUCAUGAUUCUAAUGAAUGUGCCUUUGCACGGAGGCUUCACACUGGUCACUGCCGUUCGAUUGGCUGACCACUUCCUGGAGGCGCUCUCCAGGUUGGAACUUGGACUUGGUCUGAUCUGGAUUGGGCACUACGACAGCGCGCCGUCGCCCGCGCAGUCCGGCUUGGCAUCGCCGGCAAAGAAAGGCGGUGGUGGCGGCCAUCCAUCGCAGAAGGGUGGAGCCGGCAAAGGCAAGGAGCGAGCCGACUCUGCACAGGCGACCAAGAUCGAGUUUGGGCUUCCCCCGUCGAUGGUGCAAUCACUCCAAUCGAUUGCUACGCGAUCCACACAGGAUCUUUGGAGUCAAGCUGCUUUCACUGCGGAAAAUGCCACAGUGGAACAACUUGCUCAGAGGAGUGCCAAUGCUUUGGGGCGGCUCUCGAAGCGGCUCAAUGGCAAUGUUCGGGCCAAGAACGAUCUGCAAGAGGCCCUCCUGGCAUGGAUGGCCCUGAUUGGACAGCAUCUUCUCGGCCUGGCCCACCGCGUCGACGCAGUUUGCCGGAAGGUCGACGAAGACACAGUGUCAGCCGUGGAAGAAAUGAGGCAGGUCAUGGCGGCGCAGCCUUCGGUUACCACGGAGGAGCAGCUCGAUCGGGCCGUCCGCUCCCUGGGCCCUGUUUGGUCGGAGGCUCAGGUGACGGAGGUUCAACGUAUGGCGGCAGCUCUUCGGGCCUUUGCAACCACAGCUGCUCCUCCCACGCCGAUGCAGGGAAUAACACCAGGGCAAGGAAAUGUGCCCAUGGGAAGUACGCCACCGGGAACCUGGCCGUGGACUGGGACUCCUGCGGAUGUCCACCUGCCUGGGGCCCCGGAGCUGCGAUCUCAGCUGCCUCCUCCAGCUGCGGGAGAUUUGGGCUCCGAGGUCAGCUUCGGAGCGCUCGAUGGUCCGACCGCGGCAGUGCCACCGGGCUCGUCAUUGCCACGCGGGGGGCGGUGGCGCAAACGCAGUGGUGGUGGUAUCGACAGACCUGCAAAAAGCCCACGACGGGACGCGGUGAGCUCGCCAUGGUCUCGCGAGGCCACCGGUCGUACACCAGAGGGGCCUCGACGCGAAACAGCUACCGAGAUAGCCAGCGAGGAGCCCGAGCUUCUUCCAGCGGCCCCUGGUCCUGCUGCUGGCUCCUGGAUCGCCUCCUGGUUGGCUAUCCUGCGUUUUGCAGUCGACAAUGGUGCCGAGCUGAUCGGAGAGCUCAGCCGCAGCCCUCAGCAGGAUUUGGUUCUGCCUCUUGCAUGGGACGAUCAGGCGCAGGAUGUGGUGCUCAGUAUGGCCAAUGCUGCCUGGACUAUGUUGGAGGGAGCGGUCGCAGACCCGGUUCAAGCGGACCUCCAGGCACUCUUCCUCUCGCUUUCCGAGGCCCUGCAUGGAGUGCGGAGGUGCGCCAAUGCACUUCCCUUGUUACGCCAGGGCCUCUUGGUGGCGGCGCUCAUGUCUCUGGGUGGCCUACGAGACCCGUUCUCAUUCGCACCGGCCACGGCACAGGAGUGGCUGUUCCCGGAUCUCCUUUUGGAAGCUGGAGCUCCCCUCCGCGGGUUUGUGGCCUCGGCACCCUCGACGGAUCCUCACGUCCAGGUUCUGUUACACAUGCCGUCACCGAUGCGGAGUGUCGAUUUGAGCCCCAAUCCGCAGGAGCUCGAGUAG